UGCCAGUCAGUGCCACCUAUCAAUGCAAAUCAGUGACACCUAUCAGUGCUGCCAAUCAGUGCCGCCUGUCAGUGCCAGUCAGUGUCGCCUAUCAGUGCCGCCUAUCAGUGCCAGUCAGUGCUGCCUAUCAGUGCCAGCCAGUGCCGCCUAACAGUGCCAGUCAGUGCCAGCCUAACAGUGCCAGUCAUGCCAGUCAGUGCUGCAUAUCAGUGCUGCCUAUCAGUGCCAUCAGUGCCUCCUCAUCAGUGCCCAUCAGUGCCACCUAUCAGUGUCCAUCAGUGCAG